CCUCCCGCGGGCCUCGCCGCACGCACAGCCCCGGCCCGCCCCCCCCACAUUGCGCUCCCGGGGGACUCCCGGGGAACUGCGGCGGGACGGGGACGGGCGCGGAAGCCCCGCGGGAGCCGGGCCCGCCUCCGCCGGGGCCGGAGCGGGAGGGGCGGCGGCGGUUGCGCAUGCGCGCGCCGUGACGCGGCGGGCCGGGUGUCGUCCGCGCGGCGCCCAAGGGCAGGCGGCGAUGGCGGCCGUGGCGGUGGCGGCGGCGCGGGGCGGGCUGCGCGGGGCCCUCGUGGCGCAGCAGCAGCGCUGGAGCUCGGGCUCGGGCGCCGACCAGCUGGGCGAGCUGGGCAAAGGGGCCGGGAAGGGAGGCGGCGGCGGCGGCGCUAUCCGUGAGGCCGGGGGCGCCUUCGGGAAGAAGCAGGCGGCCGAGGAGGAGCGGUACUUCAGGGAGAAGGAGCGACAGCAGCUCGCGGCCCUGCGGAAACACCAUGAGGAGGAGAUAGAUCACCACAAGAAAGAGAUCGAGCGUCUGCAGAAAGAGAUCGAGCGCCACAAGCAUAAGAUCAAGAAGCUUGAAGACGACUGAGCUGCUGCUGCUGCGCAUGCAUGGCCAAUGCUGAUUGCUGGGUAAAACACUAUGGGUGUGGGGACGCUUUGGACAGUGUCAUCCAAAUUCAUCCAACUAUUCUGUGGCCUGCAACAAUGUUAAAUAAAUUUCUUGGUCUCUC